AUGGAAAUAGGGGUAGAGAUAAGACAGGAGAGAGAAAAACUGCAGGGGAGUCUCUCCAGUUUGAUAGGAAGAGUGUAGCGUAGAAGAGGUGCUCAGAGCAGUUGACUGGCCGUGCACUCACAGCACAGCCUCUCAAUCAGUGCACUUGGCUAUGCUUAUUCAGGAAAAACACACACACAUACAAAAACACACACAAGGAGGAAGGAGCUGGGAGCUGGGAAGGCAGCCCAGGAGAAGGAAACCAAAUGGGGCAGAGAGCCUGAGUUUAAGAUCCAGCAGCUGUCUCAAGGGGGGCAGGGGGGGCCUCCAGACAAGCACCGGCCAGCCAGUCAACGGGCCAACCAUGGGGAGCUACCAGGCAGCAGACAGCGAGAGGAGAAAGCAGAAGAGCAUGUACCCAGCAGGACAGACCCUACCAGCAGCACUGCAGCUCCCCAACACCAGACUGCCACUACCAGAGAUGCAAGACAAUCGGGCUGAGUGGGUGCUGACUAAUUAGCUCUCACCCCUGAGCGGUUUAACCAGGGGUUGAAGGGGGUUGCGGUCAACAGAUGUGGUCGUUGCGGAGGGCCAUGGGGCCAGAGCCAUCGCGGGGGCGCUGUCUGCUCAGGUGGCUUGGGAUGAAGGUGUGCCGCAGGAGCACGCUGGUGUUCGCCCUGCUCUGGUUCGGCUCCUGGGUGUUCCUCAAUGGCCUGGUGUUUGUGCACCGGACCAUCCUCUCUGACUACUGCACGGACGACAAGAGCAAGAAGAUCCUGCAGAGAGUGUGUGAGGAGUAUCGCGAGGGCGCCCUAACCGGUGACCUGUGCGAGGACCUGUGCGUGAGUGGCCAGGUGGAGUACAGGCGCUGCCUCUACUACGAGAACGGUAAGAAGGUGAUCGAGGCCCGGUGGCGUGGCACGCCCGUGGUGCUCAAGUCCAAACUGGAAAACUUCUCCUCAUAUGAAAGCCUGGGUCUCCUGGAGUACCAGGACCCAGCCGAAGAGCUCUCUCCCCUGGACGUGGUCUUCUACGCCACCCUGGAGAUCAGGAACUCCCUGGGGCUGGAUAUAAGCGGCAACGCCUCUCUGCCGCCGCUGUGGGGCCAGAGGCUUAGGGAGCAUGGGCAGGCCUACUCGCGGGCCGAGCUAGCAUCGCUGUGGUCCCUGCUCCAGCAGGAGGAGUACACUUUCCUGAGGGUGCUGCAGGACCUCAGCCGCCACUUAGCCAAGGUGUUGGGCUCCUGCGGACACUUCUACGCUGUGGAGUACCUGUCGGCAGGCCACGCCUGGGACCAGAACAUCUUCUCGCUGGAGGAGGUAUCGGCGGGCCCACGGACGGCGAGGGACAUGGUGCACCGCAUCGCCCUCAGCUUCCUGGACAUGGCGUGGCGCUUCGACAACGACUUCUCGCACCGCCUCCACCUGUGUGACAUCAAGCCGGAGAACUUUGCUAUCCGGAAGGACCUUACGGUGGUGGCUAUAGAUGUGGACAUGGCCUUCUUCGAGCCCAAAAUGCGAGACAUCCUUGAGCAGAACUGCACUAACGACGACGACUGCAACUUCUUUGACUGCAUAUCCAAAUGCAACAUGAAGACGAACAAGUGCAGUUCCAAGCGGAGAAAUAGCAACCUGCAGGUGAUCUGUGAGAAGAUCUUUAGGCCCUGGUUCUCUCCCAUGCUGCUGGGCGCCAAGGCGGGCCUCCCCCCCCAGGUGGACCUCCAGCGGGCGGUGCAGGAGUGCGUAGAGACUGCGGGAGGCGAGGACGAGGAGCAAGACCGGGCUGUCCAGAAGCGGCUGCUAGACCUCCUCACGGGCCUCCUCCACCAAGGGACAUCCUCUGAGCAUUGGGGUAAAGGGGGAGAAGAUAGAGAGGGCAUUCACCCUCACACAGCUCUUAACUUCUGAAGCAUUGCACUGUUCCCCCUCACAAAAACUGUUCAGUGGAGAAACCAACAGUAUUCGCUUCAUGAGACGCUAAUUUAACAUUUUUUUGAUGUUUUGCAUUUUGUGAGGUGGUUCCUGAGGACUGGAUGAUACUGGUUUUUGAAGUGACAAAAAAUGCUCUGAUGCUGUUAGCACUGACUAUGUGCUUUAGUACCUACAGUAAGCAGACUAUGGCAGUUUCAGAGGUAUUACUGUAGCAUCUGCCAAUAACUGAUGGUCUAUCAAGUAAGUGGUCAAUCUAUUUGAGUCAUCUUUACCUCAAAUAAAUGCAGAAACUUUCUUUUGACCCUUUUGUACAGUCGGCCUAUAAUCUCAUGAUCACUUCAGAGCUUUUUGAAAAUGUUUUGCAAUGUCUGUAUGAACGGAAGGUUUGUAGUCAUGCACCCGCUUGUGAUCCACUAGCCAAAACCACAGCUGCCUGUUGUCAGGUCCACCUUUUGUUUCAAGUAACAUGUCAACACUUUCCAGGCUAAUGGACGGGGAGAAGCAUAUAUCAGGAACUGCGCUUGGUUCCCACCAUCCGGCCUGGUCGCCUGUUCCAAUGGGAAAUGGCGAUGCUGCUGUGCGAGUACUCCCCUUAUUUCUUCAGUGGCCUUAGCUUCCAAAAAAAUCAGGUUCCCUAGGCUCUCCAGCUGGUUCACCACAGGACAGAGGGAGGAAAUAAGAUGAAGAACAGGCUUUGGACAGGAAGGGAGGGUGGGAUGGGGGGGGGGGAAACACAUCUCAAUCUCCAUCUCAACCAAAAAUGUACGUAAAAGUAUCGGAUUAAAUCAAGUCAAACUUUGUUUAAAGUGCAUUUAAGGUUUGAUUUGACUUUAAAUUAGAUUUUUGGUUGAGAUGGAGAAGUGAAUACAACACAAGUAUUAUUAACUUGUAAAUUCCAUUUAAAAUCAUCUAAAGCUUGAAACCCUAGGCAUAUCCCACUGCGGAUAUGGUUGGAAAACAUUGUUUCCACGUCAUUUCAACCCAAAAUAUUUGUAUGAGUACGUGAAAACAAAUUGGGUUUGCAAAAUGUCAUCAAAUUAAGGGCAUUUCGUAUUUUUUUUCACCCAACUUUUAACCUAAAUGACAUUUUUUGGUUGAAAAGGAGACUUGAAUCCAACAUAUCAAUUAUUAAUUUGUAGACAAACUGGAUUUAAUACCAGACUCAGAGGCACAGAUGGAUAUAUCCAAGAAAAAUAAAUCUCCUUCAAAUGUUGAUAUUUGAUUGCAAUGCACGUUAAAUAGUCUAUUAAUUGUCAACAAGUUAACAUAUGAUAUGAGGAUUCACGUCUCCAUCUCAACCAACAUUAAAAGUUAAAGAAAUAAAAUAAUAGGAAUAAGCCAGUGGCUGAGAUCUAACUAUCUAAGCAGUAGAUGCAUAUCCUUUAAAUGUUGAUACUUGGAUACAGUGUCAACCCCCUUUUCCCUUUCCCAAACACACAAGCUGCGUGUGGGUACAAUCACAGAGGAACCCCCUCCAAAAAAGCCAUAUUGCAACCUACAGUGCAUUCGGAAAGAAUUCAGACCCCUUGACUUUUUCCUAAUUUUGUUAAGUUACAGCCUUAAUCUAAAAUUGAUUAAAUGCAUUUGUUUCCUCAUCAAUCUACACACAAUACCCCUUAAUUAUAAAGCAAAAACAGUGUUAAAAUGUUUAUUGCAAAUGUAUUACAAAGUGUCUCGAAAUUGAGGUCAGGCGCAUCCUGUUAUUUUUAUACAUUUCCCGAAAUUCUAGAGCUCUGUCAGAGUGACCAUCGUGUUCUUUGUAACCUCCCUGACCAAGGCAGUUCUCCCUCGAUUGCUCAGUUUGGCCUGGCGGCCAUCUUUAG